AUGGCCAUCGAGGGCGACAUCAGCCAGAUUAACGCCAACCUCAUCGGGUUGUGGCUGCAGCUGCUCGCCACCGGGGCGUACUUCGUCUACCUCCCGCAUUGUGUGGCCAUCCUAGUCAAGAGGCUUCGCAAUGGACUGUCGCCCUGGCUUCUCGCGGCCUGCUUUCUCAUAUUUGCUGCUACCGUGCUCGAUUUCGUAGUCGCCAUUAUCCGCACAUACCAGGGGUAUGCCGUUACCGGUACUGAACGGCCGAACCCUGCUGCGGUGUACGCGGACCCCUCCUCAACUCUGUCAUUACUGAAGAACGCGAUGAACAUUGUCGUAGCUAUCAUCUCCGACGCCAUCAUCGUAUACCGGACAUUCGUCGUAUGGAACAUGAACUACUACGUCGUGCUCGCACCGUUCGGGCUGUUGUUGGGAGAUACCGCCGUUGGCAUCUGGGCCGUUUGGACCCUGGCACAAACCGGACCCGGGACAAUUCCCAUUCUCGCCGCUGUCAGCGUCCGAAUUCGUUACUUCUUCAUCAUCACGUUCGUUCUCAACAUCCUAUGCGCCAGCUUGAUCUGCUAUAAGAUUCACAGUAUACAGUCAAAGGUCAGAAAAGAGUUCAACGGGGAGCGCUCUGCGAUGAGUAGACUACUCGAGAUCAUCAUCGAGUCUGCCGGUUUCUAUUGCGCGCACCUGCUCAUCCUCAUCAUCACCAACGGACUCGGUACCAACUACUUCUUUGUAUUUCUCGACCCGCUCCCCCCUGUCGGAGCAUACGUAUUCUCCAUGCUCAUCGUCAGCACUCGGCAGAACACCGAGAACAACGCGUCCUCAUACCCAUCCCCUUCGACCAUCCGCUUCCGCGGAAGCAGGAGCACGCGGCUGCCUCGAUCCAUCGGCGUCGAGAUCGACCUCGAGCACGUUGAUACCGACGGUCGUUCGCCUGGCCAACGUAACUUCGCUGAUAGUACACGGGACGUUUAUACUACCCAGGAUAAGGACUCGAUAGUAUGA